UAGUAAAGUCGAGUUGCCGCUGCCGCAUCGCCAUCUCGCAGCAAUCGCAUCGCAUCGCAAUCGUAAUCGUAAUCGUCGUCGUCGUCUCCGUCGCCUCUCUUAGCGUACUCUACUCUACUCCGCUGCUGGCUGCGCUGCUGGCUGCGCUGCUUCGAUCGUUCUGUCGUCGCCAAAUAUACGUUGUUGUCGUAGUUCUCGUCUCCGUCGCUAGCGUCGCCAGCGUCGCCAGCGUCGCCAUCGUUGUCGCUGUGUUCGCUUUUGUUCUUGUCUCUGGGUUCUGUUUUUUCUGUUUUCCGUUUCUGUUUCUGUUUUGUUGUUGUUGCUGUUGCGCGCGCGCGUCUUUUUUUUUUUCUUGUUUGCCGUCGCUAAAACACACGAAAAUAAAUACGUACAAAAAUAAUAUGACGAAAAUCAACGCAAGAAAUUUGAGCAAAAUUCAGCAUAAAAAAGCCUCAAAAAUUUAAACAACAUCCCCAACAACAACAACAACAACGAGAGCGAAAACAACAACAACAACAACAACGAAGACGACGACAAGAACGAGUACGAGAACGAGAAAAGCAACAACACAUUAUCAUAAACAUAAACAUAAACAUAAACAUAAUUAUAAUUAUAGUUACAAUUACGAUGUGAUCAGAAUUAACAAAGGUGUAAAAAUGUGAAAAGAAGCAAAAAGAGAGUAAUGAAAAAAGCACCACAACAACAACAACAACAACAACAACAAAAUAACGAAAUUAACAACAACAACAACAACAACAACGAGUAAGAGAAAAAUGCUCAACAUCAACAACAACAACGAAGCUAAAAAGUAUUUUGCAUGUCAAACACACACAUGUGUGUGCAAUGUUUGUGUGCGUGUGUGUGUGUGUGAGAGUGUCCAAUAAAAAUAAUGCAUAAUAACAACAACAACAAGAAGAAAAACAAUCUACAACAAAAUAUCAACUAAAGGAGUUUACAAACUGAAAAAAAAACAGCAUCCAAAAUCAGAUGUUUUGAAUGCAGUUUACUCUAUAUCAACCAGUUCAAUUGGAAUCCAACGGACAACGAAUCAAUUAGCAAUUAGCACAACAACGGAACUUAUAGAAGAUAUAUACACCCUAGCUCUAUAUCUGUAUAUAUACACCAUUUUUCUAUAUAUAUAUAUAUAUAUAUAUAUAUAUAUUUGAUCAUCUAGUCUAUAUCACAAUUAAAUUGCAAACAAAACGCGAGUCGAAGCCUUGAUGAAUAUUGGCCAAGAGAAACAUCAGCAUCAACAUCAACAUCAGCAUCAACAUUCGCAUCAACAUCAACAGCUGCAAAGCAAAAUCUGCGACACGGAUUACACGGCAUUGCUGCUGGGCAGUUAUCGAUAUUCGUUGCUGCCGCCGCCGCCGCUUGUGGGACAUGAGCAACAACAACAACAACAACAACAACAGCAGCUGGAGCAGCAUUUCAGGGAGCAGCAGCAGCAGCAGCAGCAAUCGAGUGAAGCAGUUGAGCAGCGUUUGAGCGGCAGCAGUCCCAUGGUUAUGACACCAAGUCGACGCAGCUCGCCGCCAACAACAACGACAGCAACAACAGCAACGGGAACGACGCGUCAUGCGUCACAGUUACAGCUGCAAACGGAGUCACAGUUACAGUCACAGUUACAGCUGCAGUCACAGUUACAAACGCAGUUGCACUUGCACUCGCAGUCACAGUUACUGUCACAGUCACAGUUACUGUCCCAGUCACAGUUACAGUCACAGUUACAGUCGCAGUCGCAGUUACAAGCGCAGUCACAGUUACUGUCGCCCACACAAUCGCAGUGCAUGAGCGCACACUUUUUGCACCUGCAGUCGCAGCUGCAUCAAAAGCUCUCCGCCACCUAUUUUCGCCACCCGCCACCCAACUCCGUCUCACCACCGCCCACAGCAGUGACAACAGCAACAACUACAGUUGGUGAGCAACGCGCGACAACAACAUCGCCAACAUCGCUAGAGCGGACGAGCAUGAGCACAGCCCAAUUGAAUCCGCUGAGCGAUCUGCAGAAUAUGCAACCAUUUGAUUUUCGCAAAAUCAAUGCAUUCGCCAACGCGCCACCGCCAUCAACGGCCAGCGACUAUGCCCAACACCAUCCACAUCAACAUCCGCUUCCCCCCCAUACGCAUCCCCAUGCCCAUCCGCAUCCCCAUUCGCAUCACACGCACCAUCAUCAGCUGCAACAGGCUGCGGUGUUGGCGCAGGCACGACGACGCAUCAGCGAGGCAACAACGCCGAGCGAAAAGAGUGCUGCUGUUGCCGCAGCAGCAGCAGCAGCGGCAGCAGCAGCCGCUGCGGCGGCGGCAGCGGCGCAAAGUAAUCAAUUCUUUAGCGCAAUGGCAAUGGCCGGACAUCCGUUGCCAUAUCAUUUGCCACCGCCACCGCCGCCGCCACCACCGCCAGCGACAGCGACGCAACAGCAAUCGGAUUGCCAGCAAUCGCCACAGCAAGCAAACUCCCAGCAGCAGCCACAGCAACAGUCACAACAGCAACAGCAGCAAUCGAAUAGCGAACACAAUCGUCACUCGCCCGUGAACAGUCACAGUCACAGUCACAGUCAUCACUAUCAUCAUCAGCAUCACCAGCAGCAGCAGCAGCAACCACAACAACGUGCGGCAGCAACAUCACCGCACGACGACAACAAAUCCAAAUCGAGCAGUUCCUCAACGACAACAACAACACAAAGUACGCCGAACAACAACAGUUCGAACAGCAGCAGCAAUUCCGUUUCAUCGCAACGAAUGACGCGACUCGCUUUGGCUGCCAGCUCGGGAUUGCGAGCGAGUCGCAAGUCGGGACAUUCGCCGGGGAACAGCAGCGGCAGCAACAGCGGCAGCAAGCGUCAGUGGGGCUCAAUGCCAGCGAAUUUGGGCACACAGUUCAUCAAUCCGGUUACCGGGAAGAAACGCGUCCAAUGCAACGUAUGUCUGAAGACCUUUUGCGACAAGGGAGCGCUGAAGAUUCACUUUUCGGCGGUGCAUUUGCGGGAGAUGCACAAAUGCACCGUGGACGGUUGCAGCAUGAUGUUUAGUUCGAGGAGAUCGCGAAAUCGUCACAGCGCCAAUCCGAAUCCCAAGCUCCAUUCACCGCAUUUGCGUCGCAAAAUCUCACCGCAUGACGGACGCAGCGCCCAACCGCAUCCGUUGCUCUUGCAGGCACCGAAUGGCAUCAUGGCCGGUCUCGGACCUUUCGGAAGUUUUCCGCUUUUAACGCCACCGCCGGACUUAAGGCAUCAUGCCGCUCUAGGUGGCGGCGGCGGGGGAAUGGACCUCAAACAUGGUCAGGAAUAUCAUUUGCAGCGUAGCUAUCUCGAUAGCAAUGGCAUGUUGGGACGUUACGAAGGCGGCGCUGGAGCUGGGGGAGCGGCUGCGGCUGCUGCUGCUGCAGCGGCUGCGAUGCGACAUCACGAUCACGAUGAUGUCGACGAUGUGGACGAUGAUGAUGAUGAGAUACUUGAGGUGGGCAUACAUAUGCCAACGGAUGAUGAUGACGACGAUGAGGACGAUGUGGAUGAUGAUGAGGACGAUGAUCCCGAUGGUGAGGAUGGUGGCAUUGUUGUCGUCGGCGAUGAACUCGACGAUAGUUUGCCCGACAAGGAUCACGAUAAUGAGAGCGAUGAGCGUUCCACCUCGGCCAUCUCGAGCCACAGUCACAGUCACAGUUUAAGUCACGCUCACAGUCUGAGCCUCAGUCUGAGUCAGAGUCAGAGUCAAACCAAAGAGCAACAGCAACAGCAAUCGACGACGACAUCGGACAGUCAAUCGGCCGCCUUGCUGCUGAUGAUGGGCAAGCGGAAGCGCAAAAGUCAAAAUCCUGUGCGUUGCACCGCGGUGCAAUCCGAUGAGAAUUCCUGUGACAAUUCAUCGCUGGACAAUUACGAUGUUGCCGCCGAUUUGUCGAUCAAGAAACUGAAACUCAACAACGAAACGGAACGUGGGGAAGAGGAAAGAGUACCGGAACGCAUACCGGAUCGUAUACCGGAGCGUGAGCUGAAUGUAGCCAAAGAAGCUGAGGUGCUGAUGAGCGGCAGCAACAGCGCCAGCAGCGAGUCCACCAAGGCGAUACCAUCGCCACCGCUGACGCCCUACACCACCAGCGAUGCCAAGCCACAGAUUAAAACGGAGCUCGACGACGAGGAGCCAGCGAAACGUCCGCAAAUGGGAACGGAAAGGGAACGGGAAUCGGAAUCGGAACCGGUUCGGGAAAGAGAAGCACCGCUAACCGGUUCAGGUACUUUGGACCUGUCCGCCAGCAGCGUGUCGCACAUCAAGCAGGAGCCGUUGGAUGACCUCGACGAGGUUGAUGCUGAGAAUCGUUAUAUGCGCAUCAAGCAGGAACUCCUGGGGGACGAUGAGGGGCCCCUGAACAACAACAACAACAACAACAACAUUAUACUGACUGACAAGCAAGCGGCUGAACCGCAACACGCACCGCCACACGAACCGGAACCCGAAGCGGAGCACGAACCCGAACCUGAACCGGAACCCGAACCCGAACCUGAACCCGAGCCGGAACCCGAAGUCCCCAUCGAUAAGGAGAAUCCCCUGAAGUGCACCGCCUGUGGCGACAUCUUUCAAAAUCACUUCCACCUGAAGACGCACUAUCAGAGCGUGCACCUGAAGCUGCAUCACAAGUGCAACAUCGAUGGCUGCAACGCCGCCUUCCCCUCGAAACGCAGCCGCGAUCGCCACAGUUCCAAUCAGAAUUUGCAUCGCAAACUCCUCUCGACCAGCAGCGAUGAGCUGCAGCAAUCGUCUGCCGUGUUCUUGCCCCCCGAUGUGCCGCUGCUCGAACUGAUGUCGCUCGGGAGCAACAACAGCAGCAACAACGGGAGCAACAACAGCAACAGCAGCAAACACCAACAGCAGCAACAGCAGCAGCAACAACAACAGCAAUUUGCAGCUGCUGGUUCGGCACUUCAGGCCGAGAUCUUGGCCAGAAUUUGCGCUGGCGCCCAUGCGCAUGGCCUGAGCAUGCCGUUGUGCUUUGAGGCGUUGCAACAUCGCUUCGGUGGCGGCUUCGGGGAGCCACUUAUGGCUGCUGCCGCUGCCAGCGAUCCUCGACUGUUGCUCAAUCAACAUCCGCAUCCGCAUUCGCAUUCGCAUCACGGCGGCAAUCCGUUGCUCUUCCAUGGCCUGCCACGUUUGCCUCGCUUCCCACCCCACUUGACGCCGCACAUGUUGGCGCCCUUCUGUCGACGCACUUCAUCCGAUUCGAAUUCCCAGCACUCGAUCACACCACCAGUGGGCAGCAGCAACAACAACAACAACAAUAACAAUAGCAAUACCAAUAAUAAUAAUAACACUUCAUCCGAUUACAAUCAGUUGCAUUUGCAGGCUGCAGCUGCGGCGGCGGCAGCGGCGGCGGCUGCAGCAGCUGCUGUGGCGGUGGCAGCGGGUGGAGAGGAGGGGGGAAACAGCAGCGACGGAGGGCAGAAUCAACGGCAAUCGCCGGAUCGCAUAUCAUGACCACCAUGUACCUCUUACUAUGCCAAGGCGCUGGCAUUUUAUCAUUGAAUUCUCUUCACGCAAUAUUCUUCAGGCAGGCUACAAACAACAAAAAAAAAGUAUCAAAAAAGUAUAAAAAAAAACCGAAAAAAAAAACUUAGGACUUACACAAGCAUUGCUCAUAAACAUAUAUCGAUAAAUCGAUAACAACAGUUCAGCUACAUUAAUAAUUACAAACAUAUAAUAAUAAUAAUAAUACUUUUACUAGGCUAAUAUCAAAUAUUAGAUGGAUCAACUAGCAUUUUUUUUCUAUAUAUAUAUA